AUGUCGACGGUUCCUAGACCGUGGAUAUGUCGGGUGUUGAAAAGGGAGGAAGAGGGGGAGGGGGAGGAACAGAAAGAGGAAGAAGUUGAGGAACAGAACGGAGAAGAGGAGGAAGAGGAGGGGAAAUUAGAGAGGAAAGUCGCCGGAAAUAAAUUCAAGUGUUCCUCUCCUAACGAGCCAAAGGAGCAGUUCCGGCGAUAUGCAAGGAACAAAAGCAGCAGCAGCAGCAGCAGCAGCAGCAGCAGUAGCAGCAGCAGUAGUAGUAGUAGUAGUAGUAGUAGUAGCACAAGCAGCAGCAGCAGAAGGAUGAUGUUCCGCUUAGCUUCAGCUCCUGACUGCUGGAACAGUGGAGAUGUUCGUCUCAGCUCCAGCUCUUGGCUGCUGGAACAGCAGAGACUUACCUCACAGUUCCAGCUCCUGGCAACUGGAGCAGUGGAGAUGUGCCUCUCAGCUACAGCUCUUGGCUGCUGGAACAGUGGAGAUGUCCCUCUGCACACCCAGCUUUUGAUUGUUGGAACUGUGGAGUUGUCCCUUCUAGCUCCAGGUCUUGGCUGCUGGAACAGUGGAGACGUCCCGGCACUGAAUGAUAUUCGUCUCUACUUAUAA